AUGUCUGCUGCAGGGGCUUAUGUAGAUGCUAAUCGCUCCAUCAAACUUUUUGUGUUUGGGGACUCGUAUGUUGAUACCGGGAAUAGGAAUUUCACAGCUAGUUCAUGGAAGGAACCGUAUGGAAUUACUUAUCCUCGUAUACCUGCUGGUCACUUCUCUGACGGCCAAGUCUUCACUGAAUACAUAGCUUCACGGAUGGGCAUAAAGUCUCCUACACCAUAUAGAUUUAGAAAAAAAAGACCCAUAAAAUAUGGAAUGAAUUUUGCUUAUGGAGGGACAGGCGUCUUCGACACACUGGUUGCUGCACCAAACAUGACAAAACAAAUCGAUUUGUUUGAACAACUCCUUCAAGAGAAAAUCUAUACCACAGACGACCUUAAGUUCUCCACUGCUCUGGUAUCCGCUUCUGGCAAUGAUUAUGGCAUCUACCUUGCUAGAGGUGGAAGUCUUGAGGGUUUGCCAGCCUUCAUUGUAUCUGUUGUUAACCAGCUUGGCUUGGAUCUACAACGUAUUCAUGAUUUGGGAGUGCCGAGAGUAGCCAUUAUGGGAAUACAGCCUCUUGGAUGUUUGCCUCAAUUUACAAAGGAAAACUCAUACGAGAUAUGUAAUUCAACAGGAAACUUGGUUGCACUGUUUCACAACCUAUUACUAACUACUAUGGUAGAGGAGCUGAAGCCUGAAUCUAAAUUUGUGGUGCUUCAUAUGUACGAUGCAUUCAUAUCUGCAAUGAAGAAAUUUGAAAACGAAACAGAAACUUCAAAGUCGAAGAAUCCAUUGAGGCCAUGUUGCACAGGUAUAACAAGCGAAUACAGGUGUGGGGACGUAAAGAACGGGGAGAAGAAAUACAAUGUAUGCAGGGUUCCGAAGUUGGCAUUCUUUUGGGAUUCGUUUCACCCUACACAAGCGGGCUGGGAUGCAGUUGUGUCAGAGCUAGGAUCUUCUAUCGGCCUAAAGGCCAGGUUCAUAGCUGGGAGUAAUGAAGUCAACCUCAGUGAGUCCAAGAGGGUGGUUCCACUAAAUACAUGGAUUCCAAUAUCCAAUUUCAAGCUGGCUUACAAUCUUCUGCGCCGUCCUGAUGGCACCUUUAAUCGCCACUUGGCUGAGCUCCUUGACAGGAAAGUCCCUGCCAAUGCAAACCCACUAAAUAUAUCAAUAUAUAUUCAAAAUUGA